GUGCAUACCAAGAGCAGAUCGCAGAAGCUUUUAUGCCAACUCUCCGUACAUUGUUCAUCGCUCCGACAUCAUCCCCACUUGCCCAGAUUGACGUUUCUAAUGUGGCCGAACUGUUGGUUCAUUUGACCUCCGACAAACAUAUCGUCAACUCGAGUCAGACCACAACACAGAAUGAGAACAACGCUGACGACGUUCAGGUAUGUAGAGAAAUUCCAAAUUUCUGGCACUGGUUGUCAAAAAAAACCCACCCAGUGAUUGUCCAAUGGUACCUACCAUUAAAUACAUUAUUUUAAAGGUAGAUUUGAACUCAGGGACCAGCUCUUCAAAGAAUAGAUAUUGCGCGCUAUCCAACAAAUACUAUUUUUAAGCUUUAAAAAAUUGGGCGUUGAUUAGUCGCGACCAUCCUCGUCCCCAGCAAGACAUAUUUUAACAUCUAUAUUGGGAGGCCAUUUGGCCCUACUAGGUAGUGGAUCAGACUGGGCCCUAACCUUACCCUGAGUAACCUAAAUCUUACUCUGAAGAGCCCGCCCCCACUGUAAAACGUUUAAAUAUGCACUGGGAAUCCGAGAAUCUCUACUGUAUAUGAACCGGAACCCAUAGUGAACGCUAUAAAUAUGUCGCUAUAUAUAUAUAGAGCUCACUGCCGCUCUCUUGACCAAUAAUUCAGAAACGUCCAUUAAAAUUAACGAUUGGCUAAUAUCCUCAUUCUUGUUGAUGAUUGCUAUAAUUGAUAAUUUUGCAAAUGACUUUUACUUGGAAAAAAUAUAGAAACGUUUUGUUUUUAGCCCGACUCUAUCCAUGGCUCGUUAGCUCUGAAGAUAGCCAAUGAAAUUAUAUCUGAACCAUUGUCUCCCGGUAUCCGAGUGCUUUGUAAAACGUUGACACAGUUGCACUUAUUGAAUGCAAAGAAAAGUGUUUUAAAAGAUUUGAUGUUUCUUCAUGAAGCUAUGAUAAAGGUACGUUUUGCUGGAUUUCAGUGAGCGUUAAAGUGCCACUAACCCCAAAGUUGAUUUUUGGUAUGACAUGCAUGUAUUGUAUCUUUACAGUAAAAAACCUCGUCCUGAUCAAACUUUUUCACUGCCAAACUUUCUGGAUAUGAUGUCAUUAUUAAUGGAAUGGCAAACUUGAUGGAAUGGCGAAUUUGAUGGAAUGCAAACUAAUUUGCUACUCAUCUAGCUUAUGGCAUGAUAUCUGGAAAGUUUUACAGUGAAAAAUUCGAUACAGUUGAGAUUUUUUCCAAAGAACAUAAUUAUCCAUCAAUUAUGAGUAAACUGUUAGCUGGGAAAUAUGUCCUAUAUAUCAGUUCAACUUGACUAUAUAUUCCACAAAAACAACCUGAUGACUUCAGCAUUCGGUAAAUAUGGCUUGCCAUUUUCUCACUAUAACUAUAGGAGGUUAAAGACUACCACUCCAUAAAAUAUCUGGAAAAGUUCCACCAAUCGUUGGUUGUGCUAACAACAGAGACCGAGACGUUAGGUAAGGACACUUUCUCACUUUCCAUCCCUCCCCCAGCGCAAUUAUACGCAGGCUUAUGACUUCAUAAAAUUUCGUUGUCUUUCCAUCGUUUUCUAAAUCCUACUUUUCUCCAUGCCACUCAGUCACUCAUUGUGGCGUUAUACAAAUGACCUGUUCAUCAUAUUCUUCUAAUAAUACGUAAUACUGAAGAAUAUCCUGAUUUGUGGGGCCUCCAGUGGCCCGUCCCCCACCCCAUACGACCCUUCCCAGGCAGGACCUGUAGGCAGGGCCGCCGGGAGGGGGGCAGGGGGGAAUUUCCCCAGACACCCAGAACCUGGGGGUCCCUAGAAAUGUUUUGUUGGGCCCCAGUCAUUUUUUUGGGUGAAAUAUUUCCGCACAAAGGGCAAGAUAUUUGGGGUUUUUUGGCAAAGUACCGAAAUUUCGUAUGAAAAAUUGAGGGAGCUUGUUGUUGGAGAAAAAAAAUUUUCCGGAAAAAAUUUUUGAAAUAGGGUCCCCUAAAAGAAAUUUGCCCCGGGCCCCCGCCAAGCUCUCGGCGGCCCUGCCGGCUGUAGUCGCCUAACAUCAUUUCAUGCAAACGACACCAGAAAACCUCUGAACCCAGGAUGCAAGAAAACGGACACCUCUCUAAUACGGAUACCUCUCCAAUACGGACAUCUCUCUUAUACAGACACCUCUCCAAUACGGACAUCUCUCUAUUAUGGACAUCUCUCUAAUACAGACACCUCUCUAUUACGGACAUCUCUUUAUUACAGACAGAUCUCUAGUACGCAUACAUCCUUUAAUAUACAGAAAAUAUUUUCAGGGAUAAAGUAUAUGCAUGCGAUAACUAUUUCAGAAGGUGUUUGCAAUUUCGUUCUGCCAGGUCCCGAGUCAGAGCAAACCAACAGUGCUUCGAGUGACAAGGAUUCGACAGAAGAAACUGAAAACACAUGAUACUCUACAGAUAAGUUUAUUUAACAUCGUUUGUAACUGCGUGGCGCUAUGGUCCGUUACAUACGGGACGUAGUUAUGCAUCUAGUUUCACCUUCCGGAAGACAGUGUAAAUAUUAAGUUUCGUCAUUUUUUAGUCUGCGGUAGCGAUCUCAGUAGGGAGUUUAAGAUGCCGACAACAACGGGUACGGAAAACGGUUGAAAACUUGUUUUCGCAUUGCUUUAACUGAGGCAGACAAAAUUUACAUAUCCCCAGAGCAUACUUUUCACCGUAGCUACCUUAAAACAGAAUCAAGAACAUAGCACCGAAACUGACUACGCAACGUUGCAGGUUGGAGAGUAUUUUUACAAAGAAAUGAUGUGAAAAUUAAAAGAUGAAACUUACCGAACACAAAGUCAUGCACAUAAAACAUAUUUGGGAUAAAUUUGUUAUGACAAGCAUUUAGUAUUUGCAUACAUACAACAAAAACUAUUUCAAACGUAGUCGGUAGUUCGUCGUCAAGAUCUUGAACUCCCUAGUCUCCUCCCCUGCGCGCGACCUUUAUAGCCCUGGGAUAUACGGAAAAGAAAUGCAAGAAAACUUGCAGUAGUUUCCAACGCGCAUUCUGGUGAAUUGAUAUAUCAUCUCAGUGAGCGUUUGUGUUGACAUAUUUUGAUACAAGUAAAUACAGUAAGUUACAAAGAUAAAAUAAGUCUAUCUCUGAAGCUGCCAAUCGAUUUCUACCUGAGGUCACCGGGGGGGGGGGGGGGGGGGGAGAUUGACACUUCGGAGAACAAUGUGGAUCGCAAAUAACUCUACACCGUUUUCCAUAUAUAAUAAUAUUAAACCAAAUUCAUAGUGUAAUGAAUCUGUAAUCUCCAUUUCGAUCUCCUGUUAAAUUCAAACACCAUGACAUUACUUGAACAUUAUUAUAAUAACUAUAAUAUAUGUACAGUUUUUUUAAUGCACAUUAAUAUUCUGUUGCCCCAUGAAUUAAGUUACAGUCUAUAUAUAUACUACUGCAUAAUUUCAUUGCAAUUUUUUCCAUAAAAUUACAAAUAUGACAUUCAUCUAUUAUUGAAAACACGCUUUUGUAUUUGUUCGGACCCAGGCGCUUUGGUUUGCUGCGUCACACACGCGCGGUGUUACAUUCCCAAACGUUUUGCGUUUCACGCGCCGGCCACGCAGCGGCGUAGCAAACCAUGGAGCCUGGGCACAAGGCUGCUUUUGAGUUCUGAUUUCGUGCAAAUUAUCUAAAGUCCAUUAGUAGGCAGAAUUUUCGGCGCGGAGCGGAAUUUCUCUUUGUCUUUGUCUUCACAAGACAAAGAGAAAUUCCGCCUAGCGGAAAACGGCCUUAACACGUCAACACAAGUUCGUAAAUGUCUAGUUGAACACGUGAUAACCGGAUUUCCCAUGUAUAUUCCCAUCAUGUUCUCGUGCCUGUUUCUACUGCGAAUACCUUUGUAGCUUAUAGAAUCACACAACACGAAUUCGUCUUUUUUGCCUAAAACAGUUGAAAUAGUAUCAUUAUGACUUUUGCAAUCCAGGC